AUAGAAUGUUACUAUUAUUUCGAUGAGUUCAAAGUGAUAAUACAUCGGUAGUCGAUAGUUCGAAAAAAAAUAUAUUUUAAACAAUUAUUUACAUUAAAUAUAUUAAAUUUAUAAACAAAUAAAAAAUAAAAUAAAUAGAUCUUCAAAAAAAAAUAAAUACCUUAUAACGAAAUAUAUCUGCAUAUUAUCACGUGUAUUCUCUAAAACAUCUGAAUGACAGAAAGUGAAACUGAACGAAAUAAACUUUAAAAUAAAUCCUGAAUUUAAAAAUAUAAAUAUCAAUAUGAUUCAAGGAGAUAAAAGAUCACACAUAUUAAUUGAAGAUAAAAAUAAUAAUACAUUAAAAAUCAACAGUUUGUUACAGAAUGCUAAAAAGAAAAAAUGUGAUUUAUCACAACAUUGUAAAAAAGUGAAUGUUACACAAAAAUUAAAGCAAAAGAAUAUAAAAAAAUGUCAGAAGGUUAAAGAAAAUUUAAGCAUUCCUAAUAUGCUUUUAAAAUAUAAUGGAGAAGCAUAUAAAUAUCAAAUUCAACAAUUAAAUUACUUAUUCAAACAACCCUUAAACUAUUCAACACUUACACAGGAUGAAUUAUAUGUAUUAUAUAAAAAAUAUAAAUCAGAUGGACAUUAUAAAAAUAAUAACUUACCACCAUUUACAAGUCAUUUUGUCAAUAAUAUAUUUAAUGAAAAUAUACAUUUUCAUGAUAAGUUUUCUGAUAUACAAAAUAUGAAAUCUAAAAACAAUGAAGACAUAAUUGCAGAUCUAUAUACUCUUAAUGAAAAUCAACAUAUAGAAGAAAAUUCAAAAAUAUAUGAAAUUCUACACUCAAAUAUAAAUCAGGAUCUAUUAAAAUGUGCAGAAACUUCUCAAGUAAAUAAUAUGGAAAAUAGAAUACAUAAUAAAUAUUUUUAUAAUGAAGAAAAUACUUUAACAAAUAACAAUUAUAAUUAUAUGAAUCAUAAUGUACAAUAUAAUAAUUUGGAAAUAUUAAAUGAUAUACAAAAUAUUACUCAGUCAAAAUCAAAUACUAAAAAAAUUUCUAAUAUAGAAGAGGAUUAUUUUACAUGUAAUUUAAUAAAUUCACAAAAUAUUUCCAAAGAACAUCAAAAUUCCAGAUAUAUAAAUAAAAAUUUACUUUAUAAUGUUUCUGAUACAAAUAUGCAAUAUGAAAAUUUAACUAAUGAUAGCGAAAUUUCACAAGAAAAUAAUAUACAUUAUCCUGUACAGUAUAAUAAUUUCUCAUUAAAUCCAAACUUUUAUAAUGAUUUCUAUUUAAAUAAAUGCAAUAGCACAACUUCUAUAAAUAAUAACAAUUGUCAAUCAUUAAAAAAUGCACAAUCAAUUUGCAUUCCUCACAUCACUAACUUGGAAUCGUGUUUUAAUGUAAAAAAUUCUAUCACACCUUAUCCAUUACCAUUGAUUAAAAAUCAUUUAGAAGAACAAAGUAAUUUUAACUUACCUAUUUAUACAGAUACAUAUUCUGUAUGUAAUAAUAAAAAAUUAACUCAUAUUUCUAAUGAUGGUGUUAAUGAUAUUCAAGCAAACUUUAAUGCUUAUAAUUUAAAUUCAACUGUAAUGUCAGAUGAUAUACAUUCACAAAUAAAUACAUUCAUCCCAUCCUGUGCUAAUAUGAUUAACCAAUAUAAUUAAAAUAUUAUAAUAUUUAAAAAUUUU